UUAGCGGUCAAAGCCAUGCUCAUAGGACAAGCUCGCCGUUGUAACACGCAUGCGCAGGCCAAUGUUGUGAUGUUAACUUGAGCAAACAUGUCUGCCUCCAUGGUUCGAGCGACCGUCCGAGCGGUCAGCAAAAGAAAGAUAAUUCCCACAAGAGCAGCGCUAACUUUGACGCCAGCAGCUGUGAACAAGAUCAGGUUGUUGUUGCAGGACAAGCCAGAAUAUAUGGGUUUAAAGGUCGGCGUGAGAACGCGAGGCUGCAACGGACUGACGUAUACGCUGGACUACACCAAACAGAAAGACAAAUCGGAUGAGGAAGUGCUGCAGGAUGGUGUGAAGGUGUUCAUAGAGAAGAAAGCCCAGCUGACCCUUCUAGGAACUGAGAUGGACUACGUGGAGUCGAAGCUCUCCAACGAGUUUGUCUUCAACAAUCCCAACAUCAAAGGCACGUGUGGCUGCGGCGAGAGCUUCAACAUGUGAGCGUGGUGCUCCACCUCUCUAAACACCGUCCCGUCCAAAACAAAUGACUUCACAUGGAGCUUCAGCUGAAGAAUCCCCGUGUCCUGCCGGUCCCCCGCCGGCCCCCCGCCAACCCCCGCAAGUGUCGGAUGUGCCUGUCUUUUUCGACCACUGCAGACUCCACUCAUACACGCACACUUACACACUUGUUAGCUUUGCAUAUUUGUGCUUGGAGUACCAUUUGUAUCCAACUUGUGUUUAAUCACAAGCCGUACUGCUGACAGGUCUCUUCUUCUUGUUUUUUUUUUCAUUUUGGCAUUUCAAAGCUCUGAAGAACCUGGCUGUGUGAUUUUUAUUGUGACUGCCUACUGUUUUACCAAUACGCACAUCAUUUUACAUUCAAUUGCGUCACUCCACCAAGGGAACAGGAUGAAGCAUAUGGAAGUACUAAGUGGGGGGAAAAACCAUGAGAAAUACAUCUAGUGUCUCCAAACUGUAUGAUGUUGAAAAAUACUAAAUCUAUUUAUCUGUGUGUACAUAUAAAGAAUGUAAAUUAAUGAAGAACCAUGUAAGCGCACAAUAAAGCAACAUACAAAA